AUGUCUUUUGCUGAUAGUUUUUGGACUCAGGAUUAUAAUCUGGGGUUUAAGGUGUUAUUUGAAGAGCUAUAUCAAGGAGCGAAUGAAAAUGAGGACUUUAUUAGUUUGUUCAAUAAGAGAAUGGAGAUUGAAUUGAUUUAUGGGAAUCAAUUGGUUUUAAUUAAGGAUUCUAAAUCAGUAUCUUCAAGAUAUACCAAUGAUGACUAUAUAUCAUCGGUUAAGAAUGCUUAUUUCAAGAUCAAUGAGAAUUUCAACAAACAAGGAGAAUACCAUUUACAAGUGGCUAAUAAUAUCAAAGUAUUAGUGUUAGAACCAUUCACCAAAUGGAGUAAAGAGCAUAAACAGAGGAUUGAUUACUCAAAUCAAGUUAUACAAGAUCAUUAUAAGGUUUUCAAGAAUGCAAAAAUCCAUUUGGACAGAUUGCAAAAAAAAUAUUUCAAUAAAUGUAGAAUGUUGGAAGAAUUUAAAUCACAUUACACCGAUGAAGAAUUAUCAAGUGAUUUGAAUGAUUUACAACUUGAUUCUAAAAUAGAGAAGGUGGAAGAAGAUCAUGGCGCUGAAGAAAAUGAAGAAGAAGAAGAAAACGAUACAACCUAUACUUUUGGUAAUGCAGUUUUCGAUUAUAAAACAUUGAAAAAAAUGUUGACUGAUAUUUUAACUAAUAUUGAGUUAAUUGAUCAUAAAGUUCCUAUCUUAGGUACUUAUAAUAAUGUUAGUACUGGUAGUAAUAUUACUCAAUGGUUGUUGGAUAAUAUCCCUGAAUUCAAUGGUAAUAUUGCUAAAGCUGAAAGUUUUGGUCAAGAUUUAAUUAAUAAUGGUUUCAUUAGAUUAAUUGGUUCAAUGAGUGGAGGUAAAAAUUUCAUUAAUUCAUCUCAAUUUUACUACCAAUGGAAACCUUUAGUUUUCCAAAUUACUAAAUUAAGUGAUUCCAAAAUAAUAAAUAAUGAUUCAAAUGGAUUAUCAAGAAAUAACUCAAUUAAUUUAAAAUCUUCAAAUAAUUUCGCUGAUUAUUUUGAAGAUAUGAAACAAGCAAUUGGAGUAAAUUCAAUCGAUUAUAAUGAUAAAGCACAAUUACUGAAAAUUAUUCAAGAUGUUAAUCAAUUAGAUCAUCAAUAUUAUCAAUCAAUUUUAGAAUUAGAUAAUUUAAGAUGUAAAUUUGAAGAGUUAAUCAUGGAUCAUUUAACUUUUAUGCAAAAAUGUGAAUUAGAUAGAUUAAAAGCAAUUAAAAAAGUUACUUUUGAUUUCUUAGCAAGUUUUUCAAAUAAAAUUAAUUCAAUGAAACAUUUAUGUGAUGAAUUAUUAAUCUUGGAAGAAACAAUAAAUCCAGUUAAUGAUUUAAAAUUUUUAAUUGAAAAUUACUCAACUGGGUUUUUCAAACCUCAUGUUAUUUUAUAUGAUAAUUAUUAUAAUUCGAAUAUUAAACAAACUUUUGGUGUUUCUUUAAAUGUUAAAUCAAGAUUAGAUCAUAAAGUUGUUCCAAUUAUUAUUCAAUGUAUCUUAUCUCAUCUAGAUAAUAUUUAUCCCGACAUUAUCAAUGAUGAAGAAAGAAUUAAUUUAUGGACAAAACCAAUUCAUCUUUCAAAUGUUCAUCAAUUAAGAUUUCAAUUAAAUGAUGUUAAUGAUCCAAAUAAAAUUAAUGAAAUUUUGAAAACAAAUCAUCCUUUAACUGUUACAAAUGUUUUAAAAUUAUACUUUAUGGAAUUACCAGAUGCCAUAAUUCCCCAUAAUUAUUAUGAUUUAAUUAAAUCUCUAUAUCAAAAUUAUCCAAUUAAUUCAAAUGAUUCUAAAAUUGACGAUUCAAGAAUUAAUGGUUUACAAAAUGUUUUGGUUGAUUUACCAAAAUCAAACUUAGCUACUUUAGAUGCUUUAUUAACUCAUUUAAAUCGUUUGGUUAAUAUAAUUGGUUCUAAAGAUGAAUCUUUGUCAAAUGAUUUUAAGAAAAAACUUUCAAAAGAAUUUGGUAAUAUAAUUUUAAGACCAAGAAUGGAUAAUAAUAAUCUUUAUAAUUCAAGUGAUUUGGGACAAGUAUCAAAUAAUAAUCUAAAUGGUUUUAUUAAUGAACAACAUCAAAUUCUGUUUAUUAAUGAUUUAUUCAACCAUAAGGAGGUCAUAUUCAAAGAAUUAAGAAGAAGAAAUUCCACAAGAGUUGAUGGAUUAAGUAACUCUUCCUCUUUGAAAAAUUCAUCUAAAAAUGCUAGUUUGAAAAAGAAAAAUGCUUCCCCUAAUAAUCAAUCAAGAUUAGAAGCUAAAAUGAAAAAAGCAGUAAACAAAUCAAAAAUCUCUCCAAAAUCAAAUAACAGUGAAUCUUCUACUAGCGCUUCGAAUUCGAUUCCAAAUUCAAUUUCUCCAGGAACAAGUCGUGGUCGUCAACUAAAUGAUGAUCCAGUUGAUGAUGAUGAUGAAAUUUUGGUUGCUGAUGAUGAUAAUAAUAUGGCUACUGCUAAUGAAAUUUUUAAUAGAUCCCCUUUAAUGAAAGAAACCUUGGCUGAAGCUGUUUCAACUCAUUCAACGCCUACCAUCAAAAGAACCGGUUCAACAGUUUUACCAGAACCCCCUGCAACUCCACCUCCUCAUUCACCUACUAAAAAAGCAUCUGCUCCCGGCUCUUUGAAAAGAGGUCAAUCUCCAAAUAAAAAAAAAACUAAUUCAAGUCUAAGUGAAGUUUCAAAUAAUAAACAAGUUAAAUCCGCAUCAAGUAGUAUCGUUUCUUCUAGACCUUUGAAAAGAGACAUAAUUUAUAAUCAUGGUAAUAAUUCAGAGUAUUCUUCACCAAAUGGAUCUUCAACAGAUGUUUCUCAGCCAAAAUUCGCUUCUAGUAUUGGAAGAAAAACUUCUGUGAAAGAUAUGGCAUCCAGAUUUGAUUCCCCAUCACCUCCAUCUGUCCCAGCAAAAGACAAUCAAAAACCUAAAAAUAAUGGGAAAUCUGGAGAUGAUGCGAUUGUGGUCGAGUAAACUUGACUCUACCUUUAAAUUUUAAACUUUUGUUCACGCUUGUUUUUACUCUUGUCCUUAUCAUGACGUUCUACAGUUAUAACCAUAAAAUAAUGCUAUAACCAUACAUUAUCAUAAUUACUUUUAUCAUAAUAUACGAGAAACAAAAA